AUGCGCCUCAUCAUCCCCAUCUUCAUCUUGUUCACAUCCACUACCACACGCGCCGAACUCGACACACGCACAGGUUACGACGCCUCCAACUCAAUCGCACCAAACCACCACCGUUGCAUCUCACCUACAACACAAUCCAUCUCACACUGCUGCUCGACCGCCGACACCUGCCUAGGAGACACCCUCUGCCUAAACCAAUUCGGCACCCUCUAUGUCGGCAGCUGCACGAUCAAAGACUGGAAGGACGGCGCGAACGGAAAAGGGUCGUGUCCGAAAUACUGUGCCAACGAUGGAAGCGACAUCGGACUAUGCAGUUGGAACAAUGGCUGGGAGUUUUGUUGCGGUUUGCUAGGGAAAGGGAGUGAGGGGUGUUGCAAGGGGGGAGAGGUUCAAGUUGGAUAG